AUGGCUGAAAAUAUUAAGGAUGAAGUUUCCGAAAAGGAGGUCGCUGUGAGCACGGAAGAGGAUUUGGGCAGACAAAAGACACAGUCUCUGGUCGAUGCCAUCCCCGACCCGGACCCUGAUGCUACUCCCGAAGAGCGUGCUGCACUUGACAAAGCACUCGUGCGUAAAGUUGACCUGUGGCUCAUUCCAUGGCUAUGUCUGCUUUACCUCCUCUCGUUCCUUGAUCGAACGAACAUUGGCAAUGCCCGUGCAGCUGGAAUGGAAGAAGAUCUCGAUAUGGCAGGCCACGAUUACAACAACACUCUAACCAUUUUCUUCAUCUCGUACGCCCUCGCCGAGCCCGUCACCAAUGUGCUCCUCAAACGUUUCACACCGCGAGUCUUCUUCACCACCAUCAUCCUCAUCUGGGGCCUGGUUUCGACAUUGAUGGGUCUGGUGCACAAUUACGAGGGACUCCUCGCUGCCCGUUGGUUCCUCGGAUUGGCGGAAGCUGGUCUGUUCCCCGGUGUCAACUACUACCUUUCCUGCUGGUACAAGAGAUCGGAAUUGGGCCUUCGUGCUGCAACCUUCUUCUCUGCUGCAGCACUCGCUGGAUCAUUUGGCGGUCUUCUCGCAGCAGCGAUUGCACAAAUGGAUGGCGUAGGAGGCAAGGAUGGCUGGGCAUGGAUUUUCAUCAUCGAAGGAAUCGCAACCAUGGCUGUGGGAGCAUUCUGCUGGUGGAUGGUCUUCGACUGGCCCGAUACCGCUCGCUUCCUCACUCCCGACGAGCGCCUUCGAGUCCGCCGCCGUCUCGCAGAAGAUAAACAAUCCAGCACCGGCGAAGAGUACGACAAGCGCCACAUUAUCGCCGCCGUCAAGGACUGGAAAUGCUGGGGCUACGCUCUCAUAUACAUGGGCAACCUCUGUCCCCUCUACGCCUUCUCCCUCUUCCUCCCCACCAUCCUCGGCGGCAUGGGCUACAAAGGCACCAAACUCCAACUCCUCUCGGUGCCCCCUUACGCCGUCGCAGCCACCAUGACAAUUCUCAUCGGCUACAUCGCCGACCGCACGCGCCAACGCGGUCUCUGCAACAUGUUCUCCGCCACCCUCGCCAUCAUCGGCUUCACAAUGCUCAUCAGCACAGGAAACCCACACAUUCAAUACGCAGGAACAUUUCUCGGCGCAGCCGGAAUCUAUCCCACCGUCUCCAACACUCUGAGUUGGGCUUCGAAUAACAUCGAAGGAGUGUACAAACGCGGAGUCAUUAUUGGCAUAGUAGUCGGGUGGGGAAAUUUAAAUGGAGUUGUCAGCUCGAAUAUUUAUUUGAGGGAGGAACGGCCGAGAUAUUGGACGGGGCAUGCGACGGUUUUGGCGUAUUUGAUUGUGUGUUUGUUGGGCGGUACGGUGUUUAUGUAUACGAUGUUGAGGGUGGAGAAUCGGAGGAGGAGGACGGGGAAGAGGGAUGGAAUGCACGAGGGGAUGACGCCCGAGGAGAUUUGGGUCGCGGGGGAUAAGAGGCCGGAUUUUAUUUAUACGUUGUAA